AUGAUCUCCUUAGAGCGAACUGCGUCGGUGAUGGACCGUGCGCCCUUUGAACUGGCCGUCGACUGGAUGAGGUCAAUGUCGUCCCCUUCUCCAACCAGGCUCGAGACCCUCCUCGAAAUGGGGGGCACAAGACAGGCGUCUUGGGACCCCCCGGAGGAAGAAAACAGCGACACGUGGCCCUUUGCCGGGGAACGGAAAAGCAGACGGGUUUCGCUCAACGUGCCAAAAGCAACGAGGUGGAAUCGAGUAAACCCAGACGAGGCAACAAGUCUAGAGGCCGAUAUUGAAGAAGCGCUGAAAGCUAAGCAGGAUCGUGCGCUUGAGCGGGGGUGGACCAACGGGCAUUCUGGGCCCCCGCAGGGGGUGAUUGCGCUAGGGACAAAAGGCGCCGCGACGAUCUGGGGGGUCACUGGGUGGCCCGGGGGGGUGCUGCGCCCGGUAAACUUACCCCCCGGAGCGCUCCACCGGGCGCGAACUGCGGCGCUUCUGAGAGAUAAGCAGCGGACGGAGGCGAGUGUCAUGGAGAAAGUUUACCGGGCUUUAAAAGCGGCGGCUGAUCGUAACGGCGGGGAGGAUUCUGCCCGGGAAAAUCCGCCGGCCCUCCGCCGGAACUCCGCCGGAACUCAGUUCUGCGAGCUGCCCACGGGCCCCCCGGUGCUUCGGAAGACUACCCGGGGGAUAAAGGACGAGGUAACCCGGUUUGUCGACGAGAUUAACCACGCGCUCGCGAACGCGACGAGCGCUCCGGUGAACGUUUCUACGGACGUUCCGCCGGAAUUCAUCUGUCCGCUUUCCGGUGAGCUGAUGCGCGACCCGGUUCUCCUUCUCGCGACCGGGCACAGCUUCGAAAGGGAGUACAUUGACUGGUGGUUUUCUCGGGGAAGAGACACGUGUCCGGUGACGUGGGAAACUGUUCAAACCACUGCUAGGAUCCCAAACCUCGCGCUGAGGGGGCGGAUCGCAGACUGGGUGAGACUAGAGAUAGUAUCCCCCCGGACCGAACUAGACCAGCCCCGAGCGGAGGUUCCGCUUUCUUCUUACCCCGAGCGAAGAGAUUGCGUCACUAAAUGGCCCGUAAACGAGAGAUUGGAGGGAAGGUUUGCUGGUGUUGCGUCAAGGGAGCGAGUGGAUGACAUCGGCAAAAGGCUUGUGAUCGCCGGUGCUAGUUCAGGUGGGCGAACGGAUGACGUCAGCGGCGCGGUGAGUGCGGAUGGGUCUGUUCUAAAGCGCUGGGCUGACGAGGAAAGAAGGGAAAGCAGUUGGAAGCAGUCGGUUGGAGCACUCGGUGAGUCGGACGUGUCGAGCGGAGAAGAGGGGAAUCGGUGGAGAGAAUCUCAGAAUGGAUCGGUGGAAACCGUCGGAAGAAGUCGCGGGGGGUUGUUUGACUUGCCAGAGGAAAGAUCCACAAACGGCGUCAGAAAUGGCUGGACGGAAGACAAAGAACUAGAGGCUUCUGGAUCAGACCGGGAAAGAAGAGUGCGGAGCGCUGAUGAUUUGUGGGAGGCGGUUCUCGAGAAGAAGCGAGUGUUGAAGCAGAUGAAGCAGAGCGGUUCGACGGGCGCGAAGGAGCAUGCGAGGAGGCAGAGAAGAGGCUUGUCUAUGAACGGUGUGAGCUCGCCUAACGAGGUAUGGAGAUAG